UUCGUCUGUCUUUAAUCUUUUACUACCUCAAGAACAUGGCUGAAACUGCCUAUGGCGUCACAGUGAAGCUCCUGGGGCUGCUUGGAUCCCUUACUUGCCAAGAGCUCAGCUUGGCAUGGGGCGUUCGAAACGAUCUGACAGAGCUUGAGAGCACAGUCUCAGCCAUCAAAGCUGUACUCUUAGAUGCUGAGGAGAAGCAGGCAAGUGACCAUAGGCUGAACCAUUGGCUAGGGGAGCUCAAAGAUGUUCUUAAUGAUGCCGAGAAUGUGCUGGAUGAAUUUCACUGCCGAGUUUUGCAGAAGGAAGCAAUGAAAAGAUACGGGAGCACUAGCAAAAAGGUGUGUCAUUUCUUUUCUAGUUCUAAUAAUCCACUUGCAUUCCGUUUUGAAAUGGCAAAUAAAAUCAAGGGUGUUAGGGAGAGGGUAGAUGAUAUUGCAGAUAAGAAAGAUAAAUUAAAUCUUGCUGAAGGACUUGAAGAUGGGAAUAUAACAAUGCACCAGAGGGACAUGACUCACUCCUUUGUUCAUCCUUCUAGUGUCAUUGGUAGGGAUGAAGAUAAAGAAAACCUCAUACGUCUUUUGAUGCACCAAGAUGCUGGGAGAAAUGUUAGUGUAAUUCCUAUAGUUGGGAUUGGAGGAUUAGGGAAGACCACACUUGCCAAGUUGGUGUAUAACGAUGAAGUGGUAGUUAGCCAUUUUCAAUUGAGGAUGUGGGUGUGCGUUUCUGAGAAUUUUAAUGUCACUAGGUUGAUAAAAGAAAUCCUUAAAUCUGCAGUUGGUACAAUUGAUGAGAAUUUGAGUGUGGAUCAGUUGCAAAUUCGCUUAAGAAAACUUUUAGAAAAUGAAAAAUUUCUACUUGUCUUGGAUGACAUUUGGAAUGAGGAUCGUAACAAAUGGAUUGAAUUGGAAGAUUUGUUACUAAGCAGUUGCAAUGGAAGUAAAAUCAUAGUGACAACACAGAAUAGUUUUGUUGCUACUAUUAUGGGCACUGCUCCCACAUACAAUUUAGAUGGUCUAAUCCAAGAGAAUUGUUUUUCUUUGUUUGUCAAAUUGGCUUUUAAAGAAGGAGACGAAAAUCAAUAUCCAAACCUCUUGCAAAUUGGAAGAGAAAUCGUAAGAAAAUGUAAAGGGGUUCCAUUGGCAGUGAAAACUUUAGCCGGACUACUUUAUUCAAAAGUUGAUGAAGGUGAGUGGAAAUAUGUGAGAGAUAACGAGAUAUGGAAUUUAGAACAAAAGGAGGGUGACAUCUUACCUGCAUUGAGGCUCAGCUACAACCAAUUACCCUUUCACUUGAAGCGAUGCUUUGCCUAUUGUUCUCUAUUUCCAAAGGAUCAUGUAUUCACUAAUCUUCAAUUGAUUCAAUUUUGGAUGGCUCAUGGAAUUCUUCAAUCACCUGUCAAUGAAAAUCAAGAGUUGGAAGAUGUUGGUGACUUGUAUAUCAAGGAGUUGUUGUCAAGAUCUUUCUUUCAAGAUCUUGAUGUGCAACAAAUCUGCUUCCAUACCUUUAAAAUGCAUGAUCUUGUCCAUGAUCUUGCACUCUCAAUUGCCAAAGGUGAGUGUUCAAUAGUGACCAAGGAUUCCUCUAUUUCUACAGAGGUUUGUCAUUUGUUCUUUUUUGACAAUGACCAAGAAGUUACAACGCAAUUAGAGAAAUUGAGUAAAGUUCGGACUAUUAUUUUUGAAACUAAACAACCAGUCCUUAUUUGAAGCAUGCAUCUUAAGAUUUAAGUAUUUGCGAGUGCUUAAUUUCAAAGAAUCAUCUUUUGAGGUGUUGCCAAGUUCUAUUGGUACUUUGAAACUUUUGAGAUAUCUCAACCUAUCAGGUAAUCGCAUAAUUAAGCGACUUCCUAAUUCCAUUUGCAAACUGCACAGUUUGCAAACUUUACUACUUGCUGAUUGCGAAAAUCUUGAACGGUUGCCCAAAGAUAUGAGGUUCAUGAUCAGCCUUAGGUUUUUGAUGGUUACAACAAAACAUACAUGCAUGUCGGAGAAUGGAGAAGGUUGCUUCAAUUCUCUUAGAUUUUUGGUUAUAGGUGCAUGUGGACGUCUAAAAUGUCUGUUUGGGGGGAUGGAUGGACGCCUCGCCUAUCUUCGAACAUUAAUUGUUGGCAAAUGUCCUAAUUUGACAUUUUUGUCACUCAGUAUCAAAAACCUAACUGCCCUAGAGUUCUUGUGGAUUGGGAAUUGUAAAGAGCUUAUUUUGAUGGAGGGAGAAGACUAUCAAGAUUUGAAGUUGAGCCUCCGAAUAUUGAAGAUUGUCAAUUUACCCAAGUUAGAGGUUUUGCCCCAGUGGCUCCAAGCAUCUGCCAACACUUUACAUUGCCUAGAGAUUGAAUGUUGUGAAAAUUUUACUGCUUUGCCAGAGUGGCUACCACGUCUAAAAUCACUUCAAAAACUUAAAAUUACCAAUUGCCUUAAGUUGUCAUCUCUUCCGGAGGGAAUGCAAGCUCUCACCACACUAAGAGAAUUGAAGAUUGAAGACUGUCCAAAUUUGAGUAGAAAAUGUAGAGAAGAAGAUUGGGCCAAGAUUUCACAUUUACCAAAGAUUUUUAUUGAUGAGGACAAUGGAAGUUCAAUAGACACAGAUGACAACAUCAGCGAUGAUGAGCUGCCCUUCCUCAACAAAGAAAAUUGAAAAAGAGAAGAAGUAACAUUGAAUCCUAUGUAAUUCAUGGAGGAAUUAAAUCUUGUUUCUGGAACAUUUUGUUUCGAACUAAGGCUAGAAAGGAGUUCUACACAAAUCACAACCAAUAGAAUGCAAGUGUUGCUCAAUUCAAAGUCACAUGUACCGUCCGAAAUCGAAAAAACUUCUUCAUUGCAAUUUGGAUUAAGAGAUAUAAGUAAAUAAGUAUUGUAUUAAUUUUGAUUUGCCUUUAAGUGCUGUCAAUAAAUAAAUAUUUCCAUUAUUGUGAUUUUGUAUUGUGAGUUCACCAUUCUAGACACAAGAUUGUUGUUUGGGAGUAUGCCAUAACUGAGUGGACUGGUGGCAGAUGGUUGGUAGGCGACACCUGGUUUAGGUCCAGGAACCAACUUUGACCUCUUGCAAUGGUUUACAAACCAAAUAAUAGAUCCAAAAUAUAGAAAUUGGUUACUGUGAGGCUGUUCAUGUUAAAUGCAGUUGUGGCAAAAGUGAGGUGGUGUUGGUAGGAUUUAAAUGAUAAUCUAAUAUAUGUAAGCUGUAUUUAUUGUAUUCUGGGUCUGAAUCAGUUGAUGUGUAGUAUUUAGUUCUCCGUUUAAUUGGUUGGGUACACCGGAUUGUUUUAUUUUAGUUCUUUGAUUCUGUUUCUAGAUCUGCUAAACUUCAGACAUAUGGUAUUGUGUCUGGGAAUUAUAAAUCAGUUGAUGUGUAGUAUUUGAUUUUGUAUAUAUAUUUCAUCUCUAGGAGCUUAACUCAUUUUGUUUGUUUUAUAAAUUUUAGCGGUUUAAGAGUUUCUUCUAUUGUGAUUUUGUAACCUUGUUUUGACUACCAUGUGGUACUAUGUGAAGGAACUACUUAUUUUAUAAUUCAUAAAAAAUGAUAUUUUGAUAUUUCCAAGUUUGUCUGAUGUAAAGAUAAUGAUAACUCCAUGGCCCCCAAGUUACACCUUAAUUUCUUAACUCCACAAACAUGUUUUAAAUUGUAUUUGUGGGGGAGAGUCGGUUUGCUUUUCAUUCCUAUCCUCCCUAUUAAAGAUGUCUUUCCUUGCUAGGUUGACUUUCAUUGAUAAAUGGUGGUCAAUGCAGGCUUGCACCAUAGCCUAGAGGGAAGAAUCUUUUUCUUUUUCCUCUUUCUUUUCCCUUUGUAUUUUUCUCU